GACCGGAAUCGGCCCUAUGAUACUUUUAACUUGCACUCUUUGGAAAACUCAUUAAUGGAUAUGAUAAGGACUGAUCAUGAACCUCUUAAAGGUCGUAUGGGUAUAAAUUUUCAUCAUCCGGGAACAGAUAACAUUAUGACACUCAAUAGUCGAUCUUCGCUAUUUCCUUUUGAAGAUGGCUUUCUGGAUGACAGUCAUGGUGACCAGUCUUUAUCAUCAGGUCUCAACUCCCCAACUCGCUGUCAGAAUGGUGAAAGAGUCGAACGCUAUUCUAGGAAGGUGUUUGUUGGAGGUCUGCCUCCUGACAUUGAUGAAGAUGAAAUCACUGCUAGCUUUCGUAGGUUUGGACCUCUUGUGGUGGACUGGCCUCACAAAGCUGAAAGCAAGUCAUAUUUUCCACCUAAAGGUUAUGCUUUUCUGCUGUUCCAGGAAGAAAGCUCUGUUCAAGCUCUGAUAGAUGCCUGUCUAGAAGAAGAUGGUAAACUUUAUUUAUGUGUAUCAAGUCCCACUAUUAAGGACAAACCAGUACAAAUUCGACCUUGGAAUUUAAGCGACAGUGACUUUGUAAUGGAUGGUUCUCAACCUUUAGACCCCAGAAAAACUAUUUUUGUGGGAGGAGUUCCACGACCCCUCCGAGCUGUUGAACUAGCUAUGAUUAUGGAUCGUUUGUAUGGAGGAGUCUGCUAUGCUGGCAUUGAUACAGACCCAGAGUUAAAGUACCCCAAAGGUGCUGGUAGAGUGGCUUUCUCCAAUCAGCAGAGCUAUAUUGCUGCUAUUAGUGCACGCUUUGUCCAGCUCCAACACAAUGACAUCGAUAAACGGGUGGAAGUAAAGCCAUAUGUGCUUGAUGAUCAGAUGUGUGAUGAAUGCCAGGGUACUCGCUGUGGUGGAAAAUUUGCUCCAUUCUUUUGUGCCAAUGUUACCUGCUUGCAGUAUUACUGUGAAUACUGUUGGGCGAGCAUUCAUUCUCGGGCUGGACGAGAGUUCCACAAGCCGCUCGUGAAGGAAGGAGGCGACCGGCCCCGCCACGUGCCCUUCCGUUGGAGCUGAGGCCCGGGCCAAAGGCCAGCAGUACUGGAGCCGACUGGAUUGAAGGGGAA